GCAGGGGGUCUGCCCACCCACCCGCUGCCCUCUCCGUCCCGCGCAGCCCCCGGAUGGUCCCUCUGGCCAUGAAGCUCCUCCUGAUGGCCCUGCUGACGGCCGCGCUGACCGCCGGCCAGCCCAGGGCCACAGGGCAGGGCAACCCGAGGGGACGAGAGGCACAGCUGAUGUGCCACAUCUGCGAGGUGAAGAAUGACUACCUGUGCGAGAACCCGGUGACCUGCGAGUGGAAUGAGACCUACUGCCUGCUAGUGGCCAUGCGGAUCGACAGAUACAACGUGCUCGUUUCCAAGACCUGCUCCUUGUACUGUCCCUUCACCAAAGAAAUCAGAAAGGAAUUCUCGGCGUCCUCCUUCGAGUACGCUCAGUGCUGCAGCCGCAACCUGUGCAACAUGCCCAAUGCGGCCAGUGGUCCCCUGAACCACUGGGGGCUGCUGAUGCUGCUGGGGACCCUCGGCCUCGGCUACCUCGCCCCCAGGGCCGGGCUGGGGCAGCGGGGAGGGGUGGUGCUGUGGGACUCCCCCCGCGGAGGCUAAGUCACUAUAGCCCAGAGAGGGGCCAUAGAGUCAGGGCGGGGCCCUCCGGGGCCUGCAGCCCCCAGUGCCGAUGGCAGAGUAUGGCCAGAGUAAGGCCCUGAGGGAAACUGCACAUCCGCUCCCCACGGCCUGAAAUGGAGGCAGCCAGUGGGCAUUCUGGUUUGGCAAUGAAAGCAAAUAAAAACUUUCCCGUUGGAAACCA